AUGCUGGCAAUUUGUCCAGUGGAUCAAGAAACAGAUUGUGAUGGAAGAGGCGCAGUGUCCGGAAUACCGGGGGCAUAUCGUCGGGUGGAUGGUUACUGUAAUAACGUGCGCACGGGCUGGUGGGGCAGCACCUACGCACCAAUGCAACGCUUGCUGGAGCCAGACUAUGCUGAUGGUACGUGCACAUGCAUGCGCGCGAGCGAUUUUUUUCAUGCGAAUGGAGUGCGUGGAAAAUUGCAAAACUUUUUGUUUGGAGCCAAUAGAAUCUUUUUUUGGAGAAAAUUUCGUGGAGAAAAUUCAACGCUCAAAAAAUUUUUUUAA